UGUAGCAUUAUAAUGUCUUAAGAACCAAAAUGCCAGACAUUUCAAUGAUAAAUGUAUACGUUAUUUCUCUUAGUUUGAAUGUUAUACACUAUAGACCUAUUAUGGAAAAUCCACUACCUGAUUGAUCAAUCGAGUAGACUUUUCUAGCGUGACGAAGAGUAUGUACGAUCUCUAAAUUAACAAUAAGCAGUAUGUUUGUAUGAUUAGUAUUCUAGAUAUUGGAUCGGCAAUGCCGUAUAUUAUCUAAUCCGUCGGUGUGUAUGAUGCAGGGGUAUACCGCUCUUCACCUGGCCAUGCAGUAUGGUCAUGAAGACAUCUUUAAUUUGCUCAAGGACGUUUAUGGCGCCAACCCCGCGAUUCGGGAUUGGGGCGGACGCAAGCCACGUCAGUACCUGACCAACAAGGGACACCAGCGUCUCCGCGGACACUUUCAGAAGUGAGUACAACAACGGUUCCGUCAACUCGCUGACCGAGUGGUACAGACAGAACUUCGGCACUUGGCAACGUAAGGCGGUGGUAGUGGCGCCUCCUACCAUCGUGGUCACCAGUCCUGACCCGGCCACACUACCGAGGCGUAACAAGCGCAAACAGCCCAAGAUACGCAAAACCGCGAUCGGGCUCUUCACCUAGCACUUGCAUGGGCUUUAUCUCUGCAUGAUGUUGUGCAUGUGUAGUGGUAUAAGUGCCUUAUUUGUUACCUAUUUCCCGUAAAUCGCUUCAUCUGAUGAACUUAUUUAUGUCAUGAUUUAGGUUCCUAUAGUGUAAAUAGAUUUUUCUAGUUAAACUAUUCCAGUUAUUUUGUUUUCUAGACUUCUUGUUUAAAAACACUCUAUUGUCAUUUCUUAGUAAAUACAUUAUUUGUUUAAAACAGUAUAUUUUUAAUAAAAAAAAUGAAAUAAAAUGUUAUUUGCGUAUAAAUAUUUGCUCCAUAAUAGAUUUUUAUACAAAUCUAUUAAUGGAAAAUCAAUUAAUUUUAUUUUCAUUUCAUAAUUAUUGUUCUUGAGAAAAUAAAUUAAUUAACUAUUUAAUUUAUUAUUUACAGUACCCUAUUCUAUUUUUCAUCAGUUCUAUUAUUUCUCAUAUUUAUCUUAUGUUUACUGGAAUUAAGAGUUAUGUAUUUAUUAUACAAUUUUAUUAAGUUUUACUGUAGUGUCACAAAAAUAAAGUUUUUAUUUUGUAAA